AUGAAUGCAACUCGACCAUCGCAAGAUCUAGGCACCAAUAAAGUUAUACCUUCUCUUUAUAACCAGUCAAGAUGUGGUUAUUGUAAUCAACCAGUCUCAAAAGGUAUCAUGGUCUCUGCUUUAGGAAAGAAAUGGCAUGCAGGCUGUUUUACUUGUGUGAAAUGCGGUGAUCGACUAGACAAAGUGGAAUUUUUUGAAAAAGAUGGCAAACCUUAUUGUGGGUUGGAUUAUCAUACAUUAUUCAACUCUCGUUGUGAUUAUUGCAAGGAACCUAUUGAAGGGACAUCUGUACAAGCACUUGGAAAACAUUAUCAUGAAGGGCACUUUUUCUGUCAUGCAUGUAAAACACCUUUUGUUGAACAACAAUUUAUGAUUCAUGAUGGUCAUGCUUACUGUGAAAAGGAUUAUUUAGAAAAGUUUGGUCAUCGAUGUCAAGGAUGUGGCAACUAUAUCAAAGGGUCUUUUGUGGGUGCUUUAGGUGGUGAUUGGCACAAAGAAUGUUUUGUUUGUGCGGAUUGUGGAAAACCAUUUCCUUCUGGUACUUUUCAUGUUAGGGAUAAUCGACCAUAUUGUGAACAACAUGCGAAAACCUCUUCCAAUAACAGCAACAUCAGUGACAAAAAUAAAUGUUAUGUAUGCAAAGAAUCUCUAGCCGGCGCGAAAUUAAUAGCAUCCGCUUUUGGAAACAAUUAUCACCCACAACAUUUCCAAUGCACUUCUUGUCAACGUCCAUUAUCAGCUCGGGUACCAGGUAAUACAGAAUUAAAAAAAAAAAAGGAAUCUUUUUUGUUCGUAUAG